CAAAGACGUUUUUUUUUUUCUUUUUGUCUGCAUCUUUGUGUCUCACUCAUGCAUUUUAAUAACCUCAAAACAAGACUUGUGCAUUUACUCUACACAACGAGGCCAAAACAGAGUCAAAUAAUCCUGUUUUCUCAGACUGAAAUGACUGUGGUCUCAUUUUUUUUCCUCAGGGGCCCUCUCACAGUCUGCUGGUACUUCCUGAAAUCCAGUUUUGGGAACAGCUGCUAUAAAAGUAAAUAAACAGCAGAUCAUACAGGAAGUAGAGGCACAUUUAAAAACUAUGAGAAUUAACAAGCUCUUCACAAAACACAAGGCUGAAUUAAAGAAGGGCUCAGAGUUACAGCUGCAGACCGUAAACAUUGAGGAUUUCAAUACUGCAUGAGGAGUCAGUCAGACCAAAUACUGAGCUCUAAACAAUAAAGUCAGGCAGCUUUAACGGGAAAUAGUCGGAUCCAGUGGAUGCACCGACUCCAGAGGCGUGGAUUUCCCAGCACUGUCGUCUUCCUCGUCGGGGAUAAAGAGCGUCUUUGCCUUUGUAAGUCCACUGUUCUCCAAGUGUGCAGCAGGCCGGGACAUGUAAGCCUUAGCCUUCAGUCUAGCCGGUCCAUGAAAUGAUGUGCCGUCUAGUUGAUUCUAAUAAUAGCCAAUCUUAUUUUUACCACCACACCGACGCCUUAUUGCAUUAUGGAUGCCUCUGGAAUGGUUUCCCUUCCAGAUAGCGUGGGAAUAUUUCAGUAGAGGCUGCGGCUUGUGCGUCUCAGGGUGCAGUCGUCCGUCGGUGCGUCCCCUGUUCAUGCCUGUAGUGUGAGUGGCUUUUCUCCGCAGCAGAGGGAUGCUUUUCUUCUGUGCACAGCUCCACAGUUUCCUCCGUGCAUGCCGGAUCUGAGCGCGCACGGGGAGCGCGAUGCGGGAGUAUAAGGUGGUGGUCCUGGGCAGCGGCGGCGUGGGCAAGUCCGCGCUCACGGUCCAGUUCGUCACCGGGACGUUCAUCGAGAAGUACGACCCGACUAUUGAAGACUUCUACAGGAAGGAGAUCGAAGUAGAUUCCUCCCCGUCCGUGCUGGAGAUCCUGGACACGGCCGGAACCGAGCAGUUCGCCUCCAUGAGGGACCUUUACAUCAGGAACGGCCAAGGCUUCAUCCUGGUCUACAGUCUGGUCAACCAGCAAAGUUUUCAGGACAUCAAGCCCAUGAGAGACCAGAUCAUCAGGGUCAAAAGGUACCAGCAGGUGCCUGUGGUGCUGGUGGGGAAUAAGGUGGACCUGGAGGACGAGCGGGAGGUGUCCCCCAGCGAGGGACAGGCCUUGGCCGAGGACUGGGGAUGCCCCUUCAUGGAGACCUCGGCUAAGAGCAAGACCAUGGUGGACGAGCUGUUCGCCGAGAUCGUCAGGCAGAUGGACUUCUGCCCUCUGCCGGACCGGAGGGAGGCGUGCUGCCCCGCCUGCAGCAUACAGUAGCAUGGACGGACGAACGGACAGGGGGACAAAUGGACCAGGAUUAGAAAUAAGAGAGAGAUGGAGGGGGUUUAUGGCAGAAAUCCACUCUUUUGUGUUGUUAUAUUAUCACAUGACCUCGUUGAGGAUCAUUUCUAAGGGCGCUGAUGUGAUCAUAUAUAGUCAUUUCCACAAGAACAGACCUUCGAUGCAGCAGAUUUCAAGUAGAUGAGAUAUAAAGGCAGUCUGAUGCAUCUGUUUCUAAAGGAGUUUAACCUUGACAGAGCUACACAACAGCCAGCAGCCAAAAACAACUACCGAUCUAAAAUGUGUAAUAACUUUUCAACCACUAAUCCGAUCGAUAUACUUUAAUAAUUCAGGUAAAAUGAAGUUUUUCAUCAGAUAUGAGCCAGUCUGACGUUCUCAGGCUCCGUAGUUACCGUGGAAACACCGUCAUCAUCUGCAUCUUUGAUUUGCCAGUAACACCCAUGGAGUUUGACUAACGACAGUGGUUGUAGACGCCUGUUUUAUGUCCAAUUAGUGAUAUAUUUGUUCUGUUUUGAUAUGAUAGCCUUUGAAUUUAAUCUUAAAUUUUAUAAACAUCUACAUCAUCAGUGAAUUAAAUAUAAGAAAAUACCAGAUUUUAGCUGAAAAGUGCAAAAUUCAUAAAAUAAUAUUGCAAUAAAUGGCUAUAAAUCACUUCGAGAAAGAUUAAAAAUCAUUUGGGAAGUCACCAUAAAAAUAGUUGUAGAUUUUUUAGGGUUAAUUUUCUCAUGCAGGACUAAUUUUGCUUUGAAUUCUGGAUGAAUUUGUCCAGCCUUCUCAGCGCUCUUUUGACAGAAAACUUUUACUUUCAGAAGAAUUUUAACAAUUACAGGAUAUUUUACUGGCAAAAUUCAUUCAUGAUAUAAAUGCAGUCUGGAAAAAAAUAGUGCCUGGCUGUGAAAACUUUACCCAGACACAGAAUAGUUAAAAAUAAUCAUUAAAAAUGUUCCUCCCUUCAUUUAUCUUUCUACAACAGGAAUAAACUGCAAAUUUAUGAAAGGUCAUGGCCUUUUUAUUCUAGUUGGUGCCAUUUUUUAGUGUAGCUGUCUAUAUUAGUCAUAAACAUCUACCAUAGUUGUGGGGCACCUAUCAAAACAAAGUACCAACAAACAGAUAAAACUCAUAAAUUAAACUGAAGUUAAACUUAUAAACAAGUAGCUCCAGGAUAACCCAGAUACACUGAGAGAGAAAACCAUGUUUGAAGCAAACACCGACUCAGACCGGCUGAUUUCUGACGGCUCGGUUCUUUUUAGUUUUCAGCCAAGAUAGACAACCGCUGCCCGGGCAUCCCAGAAUGAGCACAGACUGUUACCACGGUAACAGAGGUCUUAGAUCUAACUUAGACCGGGGGUACUGUUGCCAACUUUUAGAGCUUAAAACAAAGAGCUACAACUACAAAAGAGCUACUUUUCCACCAUUUGGGACUGAAAGCAGCUCUCAAACAGCCCCACUUUUUUUGUUUUAUUUCCCUUUAAUCUCUCAGAAAACACUACUUUACUCUCUAAGAACUUAUAUCAAUGUGAAGUGCCAGUAAUCCUUUGCUUCAUGGCAA